AUGAACGGCGAGGAUAAGGAUGGAAUAGAUGGUGAAGAAGAUGAGAGUGUGAACAGCGAUUGCUUUGCCGUUGGUCUUCAUGCUCCCAAACUCCACCUGCUUACCGUUUCCGGAGCUGCAAUUGGUGCUUGUGGAGAAGCGUUGGAAAGACAGAUUCGAAUGGAAGGAGAAGGUGCUAGGGGCGGGAUGGGACCUAAGCUCGCUUUAACAUGUAUAAAAGAUGUUUGUGCACAUAAAGACGAAGCAAAUGUUCAUCAAUUCAAAAACAUAAUGUUUGAAACGAAGGAGAUUGUGCAGUUAUAUUUAGAGGUGUUUGAGGGAUGGUUCGAACAAACAGAAGCGGUUGACAAGAUUGUAUCAUACAAUGUUGGCAACAUUGUAUACAAUGUUGACAACAUUGCAUCAGAUACUGUUGAAGAGUGUUCACGAGAAGAAACUGUAGCAGUAAAUACUCUGGAAGAAGAAAAUUUAUAUGAGUUUGGAAGAUUGGAUAACAAAAUUGUCACACCCCGAAACCAAAGGCGGAAACGUCCCGGGGCGGAGGUGACUUCAUGUUAA